CGCACAAGCGUACACAGCGCCCCAGGUUGUCCCGCUUCCUAGCCGCUUGCCCGCCGGCAGGGCGCUUGGGGAGGAAGGAAGCCCCGCUUGCCUAGCCGGGCGCCUUGGCUUAUGGCGCUACAGCCGAAGGUCUGGGACGCUUGGUUACAAGUCCAGGAUUAUUCAAUCCAGCCAUAGAGAGGAGAACAAAAUGAACCACCCAGCCCAAUACAGAAGGUGCAGAGGGCAGUGGAAAUGAAGCAAGAGGGCUUGAAAAUGUCUGUGUGCAGUGAUUUUGUGGAGCACAUCUGGAAGCCUGGCUCCUGCAAAAACUGUUUCUGUCCCAGAAGUUUUCACCAACUGCAGGCCCUGUCCUUUGAUCAGCAAGGCUGCAGUGAAGCUUUGCAGGAUUUGAAUGGAAUUGGAGCCAAAGUUGAAAAUACGCCUUGGGAGGAUGACGGUCUAAUUUCCUUGUCUUACUCAAAGCCAACUAUUGCUGUUAAACCAACUAUGAUAACCUCGGAUGCUGCUGGUGUGUGGGCGGAUGGAAACAUGAAUACAGAUGUCUCACAGGGCAACGAGAUCAAAAGGAAGCCCCAGAACAUCCCCGAAGAUCGUCCUUUAUUCCUUGGCCCAUCUGGUUCUGAAAGGGUAGAAAGAAAUAUCUCAUACAGCAAAGAGGGCCAGGAUUCCAUGGCCGUCGCAUCCAGGAUAACAAAUUUCAGCGAAGAUAAAAGAAGGGUCUUGAACUCAUUCUCCAAGUUUCAUGUGCAUGAUUCUGUGUAUAACCCCUUAAACCCAGAAAGAGACUUACUGGCAUGUCCACCCGAUACUGUGCUAAAAAGCAGCGGUUCUUUCGAUUUGUCCCAAGGAAGUCCUUACUGUCUUCUGGUCAGAACCUCAGAUCAAAUUGAAAACAAGCCUACAGAUAGCAGAAGUCAUUCCAGAGAACAACAGCCUCCCUUUCAAGGAAAGAGCCAAAAUGAACCCAUCUAUGCCGAGAGUUCAAAGAGGAAAAAGAUGCAGCAUAAUAGCACUAAUACAUUGAAGAGUGCUGUCUUGACUAUUAGCCCAAGUCAAAAUCAACAUGAUGGGAUGAAGACCCUCCACUUGAGCUGCGAGAGGAAUUUUCAAGAUCUUGGUUCACAAAGAGCAGCAACUAUUACUAUAAUGGCCCCACAAACAGAAGAUGACCACCGAGCAUUUUUUCUUAGCAGCCCAGACUCAGCAGUUGGGGUACAGUGGCCAUGCGUUAGUCCCACUAUUAGCCCAAAUACUGAGAAAUCAUCCUCCCUCUUUGAGCCUAGAGAGUUGCCGCAAGAAAGAUGUGAUAUGAAUUCAAGAGACAAAAGUCCAGGGGCUGAGUCUCCAAUGUCUAGUAAGAAUAUGAUUGAUAGGAGUCCUGCUAUUCCUCCAAAGAUGUCCAAAGGAAGCCCUCCUAGACAUGAAGAGUCUUUUCCACAAUCAGUCAAUUCUUCCAUUAAAGCCCGUUCUUCCAUUGACGAAACCUGGGAUACCAGCAUGCCAAGGAAUGAGACCGAUGGCCCUAUGAUUGAGCCUUUGUUGCCCUUGUGUUCCCAGAUUAACAGCAUUUCCCCUGAUGAAUCCAGCAGAGGUUCUUUGUCCUCAGGCUCUGAGAGGAGACCAAAAUACUGCCAUGCAUCCUGGCAUAGGCCAUGUAGGAUUGAGGAAGAAGAGGAGGAAGAGGAAAGAAAUGAAGCGGAAAUGGAGAAUGAAAUCACUAUUUCUCCAAGUUUUUCGGUUCAGAUGAAACCAUGCCCUAUUCAAGCAAUUGAGACCGGAGAAAUGAAUCGGUCAACGACUUUUGCUUUUGAUGAGCCUAGACCUGAAGAAGUUAUAACUCCUCGGCUGCCUCCAAAGAAACCACCCAGGCGUCAUCUACAAACAACAAAAAAUGGUGAACUGGAGCAGCUCAACAGUGAUUCUACUGAGAGCCUCAGGGGAUCAACGGCCAGCUUGAAUUUGGAUACAAAUCCACUCGGCGGUGGAGUUGAUCCAAAAACAAACUUGUGCUAUAAAAUCAGCUUGCCACUUUUCCAAAGAAUCUUGGGAGCCAUCUUCUUGGGUAGACUACAUGCUUAUGGAGAAUUGUGCAAAAUGAGUCUUCAUUCCUCCAUCCGUACUGAGAAACCUGCCUUGCCUUCUGUUCAUUUCCCCCCAUGUUUGACUAAAAACACGGCACCGGGCAAAACUGUGGAGCCGCCCCCUCUGCCCCAAAAGAAAACUGUCAGCAGAGCUCUUUCAUCACCCGAUGGAUUUUACUGGGGCUCAUCCUCUCCGUCCAAAGCAGCAGUCUUCCCGAGCUUCAAGUUGAACUCCAGUCAAUCAGAAAGUAAUGUCUGUAUCCAAGAAAAAUCUCUCUUUUGCUCUAACUUGGGAAUCAACCAUCAUACAAUUCCCUCCCCUGAGUCUCUGGGAAAGAACUUCAUAGGGUCCAUCGCUACUCCGUUCCCAAGUUCUGCUAAGAACAGCAGCCUCUGUGGCUUUCAGGAUAGAAAUCUUCCAUCUCGUUCUUCCUCGCAGCACAGUAUAUCCACCCAGGCCUCCUCAGGUUCUGGCCUUCAGCUCCAUAACCUCUUCGGCAAUAUCAAUAGCAAAGAAGGCAUGUAUACCAAGUUAGGAGGACUCUAUGCAGAAUCUUUGCGCCGCCUGGUCUCCAAAUGUGAAGAAUAUUUUAUGCAUGAUCAAAAAAGUGAACUGCGUUUUAGUGAGAACUACUGGCCUUUCUUCAAACUGACGUGCAACAAACCAUGCUGUAACGCGGGAGAUGCAGUGUAUUUCUGUGCAACGUGUGCCAAGGAUCCUUCUAGCACUUAUGCAGUGAAAAUAUGUACCUACCAAGACGUUAAAGCUGCAGCAUCCUGCAUUAGCCCUUCUGUUCCCAUUCACUUCAAUAUCCAGCAGGACUGUGGGCAUUUUGUAGCCACUGUGCCCUCCAGCAUGGUGAAAAAUGCUUCCAUGGAUAGCCAGUGUCCUUCCCACGCUGCCACGGAGCAAGAGUGUGUGGUUGUCAUUACCCGCGAAGUGCCACACCAGACUGCUGCGGACUUUGUGGGAGUUGCUGAAACUUUCCAUAAAGAUGAGCCAGACCAGUAUGAGAGGAGAGUGUGUUUCCUGCUGCUACAGCUUUGCAAUGGGUUGGAGCAUCUUAAGGAGCACAAUGUCAUUCACAGAGAUCUCUGCCUGGAGAACUUGCUGCUGGUGCGCUGCAAACCUUUCAUAGGCUGCAGCAGGACCAAAAAUGACAAGCAUCUGCCAAGGCUCCUCAUCACCAAUUUUUUAAAAGCCAUGCAAAAGCCAGGCACCGAUGAAUCCAAAGCAAAGAAGAACCAGGCCCGGUUAGCUCCAGAGAUUGUAUCGGCCUCCCAGUUCAAAAAGUUUGAUGAAUUCCAAACCGGAAUCCUCAUCUAUGAGCUCCUGCACCAGCCUAACCCAUUUGAAGUUCAGACCCGUCUCAGAGAACAAGGAUACAACCAGGGUGAUCUCCCUGCCCUUCCCAAUCUUUCCAUUUAUUCCAGCGGGCUCCAGAAACUUGCACAUUUGCUCCUGGAAGCAGACCCAAUCCGACGGAUCUCCAUCACAGAAGCGAGGCGGAUUCUUCAGUGUCUGCUUUGGGGUCCUAGGAAAGACAUAGCGGAUCAGCCCCUAAAGCACAAGGAGGCCCUUCAUGGAGCUCUUCAGAACUGGAUUGACAUGAAACGGGCUUUGUUAAUGAUGAAGUUUGCCGAGAGGGCAGUGGAUGCAGAGCACAAUGUUCAGCUGGAGGACUGGCUUUGUUGCCAGUAUCUGGCCUCUGCAGACCCCUCCUCUCUUUUUAAGUCUCUGAAACUUCUUCAUCUUCUCUGAUCUCUGUAGCGUUUUUCAAAGCUGGCAUUGGUUCUGGCAGAAUCUGCAUAAGAGUGCACUUAGUUGGCUCGAUUGAAAGUGGGUGCACACAUCACAUUUUUUCCUUUGUUUAACAUUAACUGACCAAUUUUUGUUUUUUAAAAAAAGAUAAUGCAUUUUAUGCAGUCAUUUUGAAUGUUAUAAAAAUGUAAACAGUGUUAUCUAGAUUCCACCUCUAAGAAACUCUUGAAAGUCCCUUUUAAGUGUUUUUUUCCCCCAAUUUGAAGGAGUUCGUUCUUGUAAGAUUUUUGUUGUUAUUUUCAUAUGAAAUAGAUUUAAGUUAAAAGAACAUCGGCAUUUUGUUUUAUUCUUGUGGGUUAAAGAAAGAAAAAAUUACAGAGAACUGUGCAACCAGGUCCCAACAACGUUGCCUUGAAAUUGCAUCUUACUAAACCACUGAAACCAGUCCUUUCAGUCUAGUUUACAAUUCCAUCUUGGUUGUUUGGGUUGUGAUGUGCUUAGUGCAGUAUUGCUCAAUUUGACGCUAGCUGUGGGAACUCUGGGAGUUGAAGUCCAUAUACGUUUUAAAGUUGCUAAGGGUUGAGAAAAACUGGCUUAGAGAAGACAGGGCAGGGGAUUGAUGGGAUCUUUCAGAGGAGAGAAAAAUGGAAAGUUGAACAAUAGGCAUAUUUCUUUAGGGUAAGCUUCAGACCCAUAUUCAGCAAUAUUUCAGGCUCUUGUUCAAAAGCAGCCCGUGUACACUGAAAUUCAAUGAUCCCAGUGCAAGGUGACACUAUAAUGCAGAGGUCUCCAAACUUGGCAACUUUAAGACUUGUGGACUUCAAUUCCUAUAAUUCUCC